UUUUCAGUUUCUACUCCGAACUUCCAUUUUCCUCUCCGUUCAUCUCCAUAGCUCAAAUCCGAUCAACAAUGGCGGAUUUCUCAACCAAUGCCCGUUCUAAUGCUAAUACUACCAGAUUCUUGAACCCUUGGCUUCUUCAUUUCCAGAAAAUGGGACUUGAACUCAAGUGUCCUCUCUGCUUGAACUUCUUUGAUGAUCCAGUUCUGCUUCCUUGCAAUCACCUCUUUUGCAAGAGUUGCAUGCCAUUUGCAGCCCAGUUUGGAUCGGUGUGCCCUCUAUGCAAAGCAGGGUUUGUCGACCGAGACAUGAGGCCUGCUCCUUUCAUGGACAAGAUGGUGUCAAUUUACAGGAGUCUGGAUGCGACAUUCUCUACAAAUAUGUCUAAACUAGUUUCAACUGACGUUGGGGCAGACGUGGAGCAAUCACGUUUUGGUCAGUCUGUUUCUUAUGUUGUCAACAACUGCAAGGAGUUUGAGGGAUGCAGCAAGCCUGUUGACUGUAAACGUGAAAAUCUUGACAUCGAUGGUAGAAAGGGUAAAUAUGGGAGGAGUGAAGAUUGUAGAAUGCCACCUGUAAGUCAGGCAGACCAGUUAUCAGCAGGAAGCCCACCUUACUUCGGUGAUGGCAAGGUGUCAGAUGACAGUAGUGAUGAGUGCCGUGGUCAUGGAUCUAAAAACACUUCAGACCGGAUAUCUGUUAUAACCAAUGCUGAUGACAAUAAGCUGCAAUUGUCAAAGUGUAUGAGCUCUGCUUCUGAAGAGGCAGGACACCUGAGGGACCUCAAGAGACAAAAGUUGAAUUAUGAUCAGUUAAAGUUAGGCAUAAGCAGUGCUGAUCAAACCCAUCCUCCAGUUUCUGAGCCUGGAAAUUCAGAGACUUCAAAUUCUGAGAUGGAACACAAAACUCAAGUAACUGUUGCUAGCAGCAUGCCUCUUGCUGAUGCAGAUGCCAUUGUGAGAAAUGUCAAAUGUGCAUUUUGCCAGUCAUCUAAAGUUACAGAGGAUACUGGACCUUUCCUACAUUAUAUGAAUGGCAGCUUGGUUAAUGGAGUUGAGGCAGCAAAUCCAAAUGUCAUACAUGUUCACAAACUUUGUGUUGAUUGGGCACCGCAGGCAUACUAUCAGGGUGAUGAUGUCCAUAAUUUGAAGGCUGAAGUGGCAAGGGGUUCAAAGCUUAAGUGCUGUAAAUGUGGGCUAAAAGGAGCAGCCCUUGGUUGUUAUUUGAAGUCUUGCCAUAGAAGCUAUCAUGUUCCUUGUGCACUUGAAAUAGAGGAGUGCCGUUGGGACAUGGAUAAUUUUCUUCUUCUUUGCCCCUCACAUACGUCCACAAGAUUUCCAGACGAAAGGUCUAAGCCUAGGAAGAUGGCAAGAAAUCAGGCUUCACCAUUUCAAAUGAACCAGCAAGAUUUGAGCAAUUGGGUAUCUCCACCAGAUGGGGUAAACAAAUGGACGUUUUGUGGGUCAGCUCUGUCUGGUGAAGAAAGGAAUAUUCUGGUCAAGUUUGCAAAGCUAUCUGGUGCUACAGUUUCCAAAUUGUGGAAGCCAGAUGUGACUCAUGUUAUUGCGUCCACAGAUGAAAAUGGUGCAUGUACUCGGACAUAUAAAGUCCUUAUGGGCAUAUUGAAUGGAAUAUGGAUUCUGAACAUGGAUUGGGUAAAAGCUUGCAUGAAAGAAAAGCGUCCAUUGAAUGAGGAAGCUUAUGAAAUUGCUCUUGACAACUACGGGUGUACUGAUGGUCCCAAGUCUGGCAGGCUGAGGGUUCUAAACAAAGAACCCAAACUCUUCAUUGGCUUGAGUUUCUAUUUCACUGGUGAUUUUCCACCGGCCUACGAGGAGGAUCUUCAAGAUUUGAUAAUAACUGCUGGAGGUACCGUAUUAGAGAACGAAGAUUUGGCAGCAACAAGUUGUAAUGGCCAGGCUGCACCAAAGGUGUUGGUUGUUUAUAAUCUCGAUUCUCCUGGAGGAUGCAAAGUGGGGGAGGAGGUUUCUAUUCUCUGGCAAAGAAUGAAUGAGGCAGAGGGAAUAGCUGCUAAACUUGGAGCCCAAGUCAUCGGUCAUACAUGGCUUGUGGAAUCCAUUGCAGCGAGUAACUUGCAACCUUUUGUCAGCUGCUAACUAUGACUUUAAUCUUAGUGAUGUAUUUAAGUAAU